GUCAUAUAGUACAACUCAGUGAGCACUCAGUCCAGUCGAAUGCUACCGCUGCCGAAUGGCGUGUCUCAAGGGCAAACCCUGCGCUGGUAACAGACUGCCCCGCCGGAUGCACCGGAUAAAAGCGACCCCCCCCGCACUGGGAGUGUGUUUGAUCUGAGCGAGCGAAGACAGACUGUAUCCUGGCCUGAGACCUUGGAUUGCAAGAGUGUUUCCCCAACACUUACUUUUUCCAGUGUGAGAGAGAAUGCCAGGUGUUUCACUUCUCACCAGAGUGGGAAGUGUGACCUUCGUGACCUGGGUUUGUUUCGCCUGACUUUCUCAGAUAGGAAAGUCAGGAAUAAUUCCCUUACAAAUCAUUCUCAACACAGACUCUGAGUCCAACAAGAGACAGAGGUUUGGCAUUAACCAGGGAUGGUAGAUAACUUCACAGCCAGCGAGGAGACUUUCCUUCCGUACAGUGGCUCUCCACCAGUCUACUGGUUGUCUGACAUAGUGACAGACCUGGGCUCCUACCAGAUGAUGCCAUCACCACUUUCAGAGGAUGACCUGAGUGAAUCAUCCAGCCCUCGUUCCUGCUCCAGCCCAGACUCCCAGGUGCUCAGCUCCAGCUAUAGCAGCAACUCCAGUGCUGAGAGCCAGGAUAGUAUGCUCGACCAACUGCUUUCCCAGGCCUCUUUAGGAGGUGCCAACUGUGUCUCGCCAGGGUCUGUGGUGCCUAUACCAUUAACCUCUUUCCUCUGGGACUCAUGGAGAAAUGAGCCCAUCAAAAAUGAGCCUGUAAAGGAGGAAAAUUUUGAUUUCCUCAACUGGUCCAAUGUGGAGACAGAGGAACAACUUGGAGGGUCCUUCCAGCCCACUCUGGAAGAGAUUGAAGAAUUCCUUGAGGAGAAUAUGGGGGUUGUUACAAUGAAACAGGAGAUCCGGGAUGGCUGCCCAGGGUUGGGAGUGGGACUGGAGGAAGCUCUUGGUCUAGAAGUUGGCCUCGAGUUGUGCAAAGAGGCAUCCUCUGAACAUAAGCUAGAGCCAGAGGCCAAGUAUUCAGACCAAACUGACCCCACCGCCAGCACUGCUCACCUGGCCACUGCUGCCUCCAGUGAGACCAAAGCUACCUUAGUUAACCACACACAUGAAUCAAGCAUUGUGGUCAAGAAUGCAUCUGUCGACAAACCUUCAUCGGCAGACAGUGGCACUAGUGAUAGUGGGAUGGCAGUCAUCCUACAGAUUCAACCCUUUCAGAUCAAGCAGGAGCCCACAGUAGUGCCUCUUACCCCAGUAGCCCAGCUCCCACAGCCUCCCCCAGCCUCAGACAUCAAAAUUGCGCAGCUACUGGUCAACAUCCAGGGUCAGACCUUUGCCCUGGUGCCUCACAUGGCGCCCUCCCCUAACCUUAACGUCUCCUCCAAGUUUGUACGCAUUGCUCCUGUCCCUAUUGCAGCCAAGCCUCUUGGGCUUGGGGAUAGCUCUGCCGGCCAGGGAUCAGGGAUUCUUGGUGGCAGUCAAAAGUUCCAGAAGAAUCCAGUGGCGGAUCUUAUCAAAAUGCACAAAUGCACUUUUUCUGGCUGCACCAAAAUGUACACCAAGAGCAGCCACCUGAAGGCCCACCUGAGGAGGCACACAGGGGAAAAGCCUUUCGCCUGCAACUGGCAAGACUGUGGAUGGAGGUUUUCACGGUCGGAUGAGCUGUCUCGACACCGCCGGUCCCACUCGGGGGUCAAGCCCUACCAGUGUCUUGUAUGUGAGAAGAAGUUUGCCCGCAGUGACCACCUGUCAAAACACAUCAAAGUCCACCGUUUUCCACGAAGCAGCCGGACAGUUCGCUCAACAAACUGACGCCCUGCUCACAUCACGGGGAUCACUGGGAAUGCUGGGAUCACUCUCACACAGACAUAAUCCACAGGAGCAAGGUGUGAGUGUGAACAUACGGGUGUGUGCACACAUUUUUGGGUCUUCAUCAAGUUUUUGUUCUAAUUUAUUGUACAAAAAUAUGCCAACACAGUUACCAUCCUGUCUGUAAUUAGCUGAAGGUUGUUGUUGCUGUUGGCACUUUGUCAUGUUGUACGCCAUAUGUUUGUUCUGAGCUCAACUCCUGCCUCAGCAGAAGACAAGAUACACUUAUUUUCAUUCAGUCUGGAUUAUGUGAUAUAUUUGGUAAAAGCUUUGUGUCCAUUCUACCGAGAUAGAAACAACUGCCUUUUAUCUUCCUGAAAGCUGCCAAUGUCUUGCACAUUCCUCGUCUUAUACAAUAUUUAGGAAAUUUAACUGAAGUUCUCUGGGAUCCCCAUUAGCUACUAUCAGGGUAAUAAUUACUCUUCCUGGGGUUCGCAGACCUGUGAGGGUUUUUUUGGUAGCUUUGUCCUACUUUUUGCUGCCUUGCACCAUAGUUCAUUGACAGAAAAGUUGGAUAAUACAUUUGUCGUUCAACUUGCUUUUGAUUGGCAGGGAGAGAACUGUAUUACUGCAUAGACAUGAACUGCUGACUGCAUAAGAAAGUAAGAGAUGAGAGAAGACAUGCAAAAGUGAAACACAACUAAAAGGUUAAACACACAGUGACUUUCAAAUCAGCCAUCAUCUUUGUUGUUGUAUUAUUAAGCUGGUAAUCUAUUUUUAUCGCUUUUAUGGCCUUAAUUUACCAUAGAACCAAAUGGUUUUGGAAAUCAUGCUUUUCAGUUAUCCAUAUAUUAAUUGAAUGUUGAGUGACUGUUCAUAAGGUGUCGUAAUAUGGCCCAUGUCAUUCUGUGCAUAGCCAUGGAAUUGAAUGUUUCAGUCUUCUAUUAUUAUUUGAACUAUCAUUUUGCUGAUGAGUUGACACAAAAGCCUUCUCAACUCCGCUCUAUCUGUUACUGGAGACACCUUGACAGCCUUUGACCUCAGCUGGCAAUUAUGUUCCGUUGGGCUGAGAUCAAUGGACACACUACACUAUACACACACAAUGGUGCUGAACUACUAGGAGGAUGAGCUUCUGGGAAAUGUAGUCACAACAUCCUUUUUUUAGUCCAUGACACACUUUCUAACGCCCUUAUUGCUCUUAAACAUUGUUUGCUACCUGUACCACGCUCCACUGUGAAUAUGUAGGGGUGUGACAAUGCCGUCCAUGCGUAAUUCAUGCAUGUAAAGUUACAACAAGCAGGGGCACACAACAUUGUACAUUAUUCCUUUUAUUAAAUUUUUGAAUUUCAUUAAUAUUGUGUGAAUACAUGUGUUUUAUCGCAUCCUAUGACUGUUGUAAAUAUGCAGAGGUGUACAUUGCUGCAUCCAGGAAAGAAACAGAGACUAUUCUGGUACCAUAUCUUAAAACAAAUCUGUGGUUGUGAAGAUUUCUAGUUUAAACCUAAAUGUGUACAUAACUUAACAUUCCAGUACAUAUGAAUAUAUUAUAUAUUUUUUUCUUUGUUCUAUCCAAGAUGCAUUUACAAAUAAAACUG